AUGGACGUGGACGUGGACGUGGACGUGGACGUGGACGUGGACGUGGACGUGGAAAUGGACGUGGACGUGGACGUGGACCUGGACGUGGACGUGGACGUGGACAUGGACGUGGACAUGGACGUGGACGUGGACGUGGACGUGGACGUGGACGUGGACGUGGACAUGGACGGAGACAUGGACGUGGACGUGGACGUGGACGUGGACGUGGACGUGGACGUGGACAUGGACGUGGACGUGGACGUGGACGUGGACAUGGACGUGGACGUGGACGUGGACGUGGACGUGGACGUGGACGUGGACGUGGACGUGGACAUGGACGUGGACGUGGACGUGGACGUGGACGUGGACGUGGACGUGGACGUGGACGUGGACGUGGACGUGGACGUGGACGUGGACGUGGACGUGGACGUGGACGUGGACGUGGGUGACGUGGACGUGGACGUGGACGUGGACGUGGACGUGGACGUGGACGUGGACGUGGACGUGGACGUGGACGUGGACAUGGACGUGGACGUGGACGUGGACGUGGACAUGGACGUGGACGUGGACGUGGACGUGGACAUGGACGUGGACGUGGACGUGGACGUGGACGUGGACGUGGACGUGGACGUGGACGUGGACGUGGACGUGGGUCAUGGACGUGGACACUGGACGUGGACGUGGACGUGGACGUGGACGUGGACGUGGACGUGGACGUGGACGUGGACACUGGACGUGGACGUGGACGUGGACGUGGACGUGGACGUGGACGUGGACGUGGACGUGGACGUGGACGUGGACGUGGACGUGGACGUGGACGUGGACGGACGUGGACGUGGACGUGGACGUGGACGUGGACGUGGACGUGGACGUGGACAUGGACGUGGACGUGGACGUGGACGUGGACGUGGACGUGGACGUGGACGUGGACGUGGACGUGGACGGACGUGGACGUGGACGUGGACAUGGACGUGGACGUGGACGUGGACGUGGACAUGGACGUGGACAUGGACGUGGACGUGGACAUGGACGCGUGGACGUGGACGUGGACGUGGACGUGGACAUGGACGUGGACGUGGACGUGGACGUGGACAUGGACGUGGACUGGACGUGGACGUGGACAUGGACGUGGACGUGGACGUGGACAUGGACGUGGACGUGGACGUGGACGUGGACGUGGACGUGGACGUGGACGUGGACAUGGACGUGGACGUGGACGUGGACGUGGACGUGGACGUGGACGUGGACGUGGACGUGGACAUGGACAUGGACGUGGACGUGGACGUGGACGUGGACGGGACGUGGACGUGGACGUGGACAUGGACGUGGACGUGGACGUGGACAUGGACAUGGACGUGGACGUGGACGUGGACGUGGACGUGGACAUGGACGUGGACGUGGACAUGGACGUGGACGUGGACGUGGACGUGGACGUGGACGUGGACGUGGACAUGGACGUGGACGUGGACGUGGACAUGGACGUGGACGUGGACGUGA